GCCGAGAAGCAGGCAGCUAGGUGGUUGGGUCGGGGAGCAGGGUCAUCCUUGCACAACUACAUUUUAUUUACCUCCCAUUGAAGAAGACACGAAUACACCUACUGCUUUCUGCAUCCCGUCCCUGUUGUUAAAGCUAAAAAGAACAGAGAGGGGACAGAGAAGAGAAAGAAUUGUGAGUGGCAAGCGGCGCGAGUGACUCCAGAAGUGUCAGUCCAGGCGGCGGUGUCCGCGGCUCGUGGAAGAUCUCCUUUACACGCACAGCGGCAUUCGCAUUGACGCGCGCGGUGAAACGCGAGCCCCACUUGUCCUGCGCGGUCUUUGACCGUUCCGCAACGCGUUCGCGGCUGGGCGUCAAGAGUCGCGCCAGCGUUGCCUCCCAGUCCUAUACUGUAGAUGCCAUUUAAUUUAAAGUACACUUUAAAAUGCACACACCCGCUAAUCGACCCCUUCACCUGCUCUUUAGCGAAUACGCGCCUCUCACUCAGUCCUUUUCCUAAUUAUACGUCACGGAGGAGGCUACAGCUCUGACUCACUUUUUAAGUCGUCGUUUCUGCUGACCGGGACUCUUUACUUAAAGGGCCAGGCGAAGUGCCCUGUCAAGUUUUAACUCGGCGUCUGGAGAACCGCGCGGCUUUCAUAGAAGCUGUAAUCCGGAGACUAUCAACUCUCACUCCAAUGAGGUAACGUAGCAGCUUCAUGCACCAGGUUUCAGUCUGUCAAGCUCUUCCUGAGAUGUAAGAUCAGCAAAUCUCCCCCUCACUGCCUCUGGUGAUGCUCUUUGCCAGCCAACAGAGGAAUUUAUUUGCUUCUGCAUCUUAUGAAGUCCACAACUUCAAUUAAAAAAUCAUUCAAUUUACCUGGAACACUGUUUUUCAACAAACAAAGGUGAGAGAGCCAAAAGCAAACAAAAGUCCAAACCUAUCAGCUUCCCGGGAAGGGUGCAGGUACUUGAAGCAACAGAUGGUCUGCAAUCAUUAAUGAAGGGAGAAGCUCUGAGCAGGGAACAUUGUGCAAAUCUGAGCAGAACAAUCACAAAAGGCUAAAUAUAUAAGAAGCUCAAUAAAUGCAGAAAAAGAAAUGACUGGAAAAAGGCACUUUGGAUUUUGGAGGAGACUGGAGCACCAGAAGGAAACCCAUAUGGACACAUGGUGAACAUACAAACUCCACAAAAACCACAUCACCAAAGAUGAGGAAAGAGUAUCAUGAAAAGAAGUGGUAGUACGCAUGGAUAUUUUGACAUGUUGGAAACAUCAAGCAAUGGAGAUUUAUGCUUUGCCUUUCACAAAGUUGAUUCUUCACCAGGGGCCACAUGUAAUCUCAGAUGACAUAAGAACUUUGAUUUUUUCAGCUACAUUGAGGCUGUAAGAAAACUCACGGACAUGGUGCUGUGGCAUGUGCCUCUGCUGCAAAACCGCAAGAUGCAGCUACUUUUAGUCAACAUGUUGACUUUCGGCUUGGAAGUCUGCAUGGCGACUGGCACCACUUAUGUGCCUCCAUUGUUGCUUGAGGCUGGAGUAUCAGAACAGUUUAUGACGAUGGUCCUUGCUGUUGGACCAAUCUUGGGUUUAAUCUUCGUUCCACUUAUUGGGUCUGCCAGCGAUCACUGGACUGGACGCUUUGGACGGAGGCGGCCAUUUAUCUGGAUGCUAUGCGCAGGGGUUUUUCUGAGCCUGCUGAUUAUCCCCCAUGUAUCUCAGCUAGCCCAAUGGUUAUCAAUAAAGACCCAAGGGUUGGAGGUGACACUCCUUAUCAUUGGCAUCUGUCUAAUGGAGUUUUGUGGACAGUCUUGUUUUACUCCUUUAGAAGCUCUUGUGUCUGACCUGUUUCAGAAUGGAGACGAGUGUCAACGAGCUUUCUCUGUCUAUUCUUUCAUGAUCAGUCUUGGAGGAUGUAUUGGGUAUCUUUUGCCAGCCAUAAAUUGGAACAACAGCCCCUUAGUUCCAUUUGUAGGUGGAACACAGGCAUUCCUGUUUCUGCUUCUCACUGUUAUUUUCCUAGUCUGUCUGAUGGGCACUAUGUUUGUCUCAGAAGAGGUGUUCAAAACAGAAACGCAGGAGAUCUCUGAAAGAGAAAUGUGCACUUACCACUGCCUACCACUGUUUCGUUCACGUACCCUGCUGUCUUCAGGGAAAAGUUGCCUUUCAGUGGUACCUCAGCUAAGUCAGCUAUUUCGACGGACACCCAAAGUUAUCCGGCAACUGUUUAUAGCGGAGCUGUGCAGCUGGAUGGCUCUUAUGACCUUCAUCAUGUUUUAUACAGACUUUGUUGGAGAGGGACUUUACAAGGGUGUUCCCAAUGCCAAGCCUGGUAGUGAAGAAAGACAAAGAUAUGAUGAAGGUGUUCGAAUGGGCAGCCUGGGGCUUUUUCUGCAAUGUGCAAUCUCACUGGUGUUUUCUACUUUCAUGGAGAAGCUGGUUAAAAAACUGGGCACAAAGAUCAUCUAUCUGAGCAGCGUGACCUUCCUUGUCUUCGCCACACUAGUCAUGUGUCUGUCUCAAAGUAUCAUUCUUGUGUCAGCCAUGGCUGGUUUGACAGGUUACACCUUCUGCACCCUUCAGAUUCUGCCUUACACUUUGACGUCUUUGUAUCACAGUGAGAAGCAGAUAUUCUUUCCACGACACAAAGCAGUGGGAGGUGUCAUUCAGCAAAGUGACAACAAAAAGGGUUCCAGCAACAUGAAUAGACACACCGUAUCUCAUAAGACGUCCUACCCUAAUGGCCACCCAGGAGGAAUGCCGAGUCCUUCGUUAUCUACUUCAACCCCAGAGUUUCACAGCUCCAUAACAGUUAAUCACAGCUCACUCGGUGCAGCCACAACCCCCCAAGUGAACCGAGGUAUAUGCUUUGACCUCGCCAUCCUCGACAGUGCUUUUCUGCUGUCCCAGGUGGUGCCCUCUCUGCUUAUGGGUACCAUUGUGAAGUUUACUCAUUCUGUAGCAGCCUACAUGGGCUGUGCUUCAGCCAUUGGUAUAGUGGCCAUAUAUUUCUCGACCAAGGUAAUCUUUGACAAGAAUGACUUGGAUCAGUAAUUGCACUCCUGCCUCCAUGGCUUUUGAAGGUGUCCUUUGAGAUGUUAACUGUUAUCUUUCAGGAAAGUAAGAGAACUUUGAAAUGCUGCAAAAUCAGCACAAAAUGUUUUACUGCUUAUUUUAUUUUCAGAAACUUUUGCAACACUACCAGCCAAUACCAGCUAUUUAGACAACAGUGUGUCUAAAUAGCACAGAGUCACUGUCUUUAAUAUGAAGAGGACAAAGGGUGCCUUCUAACCACUGUGCCUUCAUUACUAAAUUAUUUAAUUAAGUUAUCUUUUUGUCUUGUACAUUCUGAAUUCUGAAGGAGUGGAAUCCUGCAUCAUAGAUAUGAACAUAAGAUUAAUAGAAGAAGGUCAGUCACAUCUUUUUGGUUUUUAGUGUUUGGUUUUUUUUUGUGUUUUUUUAUUGUCUGCUUUAGCUAUGUGGGAUUUUACAUAUAUAUGUUUGUGAGGGUGUUUGUAUGCAUGUAUUUGUGUGAGAAAGAAUGGGACUGCACAUGAAGAGUUCUCAUCAAUGUAACAAUAAAGCCAAUUUGAGAGAACUAAGAAAGUAAACUAAAGCGGGUAAAGGGAUAGUCAAGAGCGGUGUGUCUCAAUGCAAAAUAAUUAUGAAGUCUACAGGGUUGGGAGAAGUAUGGCAGCAUCUCAGGGAUUCUGUGCAUCAAUAGCACAGAUGAGCUUUCAGGAAUGGCUGCAAUAAUCAUAAAAAUUGGAGUUGCUUUGACAGAUGGAUGAGCUGGGUUUGAUGGGGUAAAAGUGACCAUGUGAUGCCAUUUCAAAGAAAGCUUUCUUUUUCAAGAAAUUUGCCACACAGGUGCCAUUCUAGAACAUUUGUUUAUUCAUAAAUAGAGGAUUAUGUGUAUUUAUGUAAAGGUGUAUAAUGAUUAUUAAUCACUCUUGUGGCAAUAUUUUUAACUGUAAAAGUUGUAAAGAAAAAGAGAAAAUGUUUUAUUUCCUGUCAAGAAAAUAAUAUUAUUAUUUAUUACAGAUUAUGGUAAAAAAACUUUUUAUGACACAAUUUUGUGUAUUGCUGAAAAAAUAUUGUCAUUGAUAAUACAGAUUUUUUUCAAAUAAACAGAUUU